AUGGGCAACAACACUGGCACUGAGACUGGCACCGGGACUGGCACCGGGACUGGCACCAAGACUGGCACCGGCCACAACUGGUGUGCCAGUUUUGAGAACUGGACCCUGGACCCCUCAGGGGAUUGGUACUGCAGGUGGCUCAUCCUGAUGGCACUGCCAGUCCUCUACAACUGGAUCAUCCUCAUCUGCAGGGCCUGCUUCUCCGAGGUGCAGGUGGCACACGCGGGGCUGUGGCGCUGGCUGGAUGGCAUCAGCGACACUUUGUACCUGCUGGACAUUGGCAUCAGGCUCCACACGGCUUUCUUGAACGAAGGCCUCCUGGUCCGUGCCCGGGGCCGCAUCUGGCGCCGCUACCUCCGCUCCUCCCUCCUGCCCUGGGACUUGGCCUCCCUGCUGCCCACCCACCUCCUGCACCCUUCCCCCCUGGCCCGUGCCAACCGCUGCCUGCGGGCACCCCGCCUCUGGGAGGCGGCGGAGCGCUGGGAGACUCGCAGCGGGCACCCCAACGCCUUCCGGAUGGCCAAGCUGCUGCUGUGCCUCCUGGCAGCCAUCCACUGGCACUCCUGCCUCUACUUCGCCCUCUCCGCCCACCUGGGCUUGGGCACCGACCCCUGGGUGUGCCCCAACGCCAGCCGCCCCCUGCGCCGCUACCUCCACAGCUUCUACAUCUCCACCCUGGUGCUGGCCACCGUCGGGGACACGCCGGUGCCAGGGCGCCAGGAGGAGUUCCUCUUCCUCACCUUCGGCUUCCUCCUGGCCGUCCUGGGCUUCGCCACCCUGGCCGGCAGCGUCAGCUCCGUCCUCUCCGACCUGCUGGCGGCCGAUGCCAUCUUCUACCCGGACCCCGCCCCGCCCCGGCGCUACCUGAGGGCUCAGGGAGCUGGCACCGCGCUGGCACGGAAGGUGGCCAGGUGGCACCAGCACCUGCGGGCGGAGCGCAAGCUGCCGGCCGAGCUGCGGGUGCUGAGCUUCCUGCCGCGGGGGCUGAUGGCAGAGGUGGUGGCAGAGGUGCACCUCCCCGCCCUGGCACGGGUGGGCAUCUUCCAGGGCUGGCAAGAGGGGGUGCUGAGGCAGCUGGUGCUGAAGCUGCGCCCCCAGGUGUUCAUGCCAGGGGAGUUCGUGUGCCGCCGAGGGGACGUGGGCAGGGAGAUGUUCUUCAUCCGCCAGGGCAAGCUGGCAGUGGUGGCAGAGGAUGGCAUCACCCAGCUGGCAGUGCUGGGCCAGGGCGGGUACUUCGGGGAGAUCAGCCUCAUCAGCAUCAAGGGGAACACCUCGGGGAACCGGCGCACGGCCAACAUCCUGAGCAUUGGCUACUCAGACCUCUACUGCCUCUCCAAGGAGGACCUGACCGAGGUCCUGGCCGAGUUCCCCAGCGCCAGGACCAUGCUGGAGGCCAGGGGCAGGCAGCUGCUGCUGGCCAUGGGCAAGUUGGACCUCCAGGCAGAGGCCAGGGAGGUGGCGGCCCAGGAGGAGGCCGAGAGGUGGCUGCAGGAGCUGGAGAUGGCCCUGGAGGGGCUGCAGACAAGGGUGGCCAGGCUGGUGGCCCAGCUGGAGGCCAGCGCCCUCAGAAUGGCCCUCAGGGUCCAGCACCUUGAGGGACGCAUCCGGUGCCGGCAGCCUGGCCAGGGACGGGGUCCUGGUGGGGCAGCAGGUCCUGGGUGGAGACAAGGUCCUGGUGGGGGACAAGGUGCUGGUGGGAGUCCCACCAGAGCUCAGGGUCCCCCCACGACACAAGGUCCCACCCAAGCUCAGGGUCCCCCCGGAGCUCAGGGUCCCCCCACAACACAAGAUCUCGGGGUCCCCGUGGGGGAGGGACAGGCCCCCGGCAGUGAGGGUCACCAUGGCAACAACUGA